CCGGUUUGUGCUCAGAUCGGAUGGAUUUCCCCCUUUCCAAAAAUAUGAACAAAACGUGUGAGUGCUCUUCAACCUUGUUUCCCGCUCUCGUGGGUACACACAUGUAUCCCUCGGUGGACCAUGCCCACCCUCUCUUCCCUCUUGUCUUCUUCAUUUCACUUUGUUUUCUCAUCCAUCCCCAUAUCCAUCCCUCACUUCACAAGCCACUUUCAUGAAACUUAACCCUCUCCACAACCAGGUCGGCGGUCACGACGGCGUUCUCUCCAUGGGCGAAGAAAACGAGAUCAUCGUCAAACCGGCCCUCCUCCAGGAACUCAAGUUCUACGAGGAGGCCUUUCUCCAUCCAGAACUCCAAGCCUGGAUGCCUGCCUACUACGGCACCCUCACCUUGAACCGCCAGUUGCCAGAGAAUGGACUAGCAGGUGAAGUGGCCCUUGUACCGACCAUCAAAGCCCUCAGCGGAUUCGCUAUCCAGGACCUUUUGUCCUCCGAUCAGAUCCCUUCCGCCGCUGCGUUUUCGGGCGAAGGGCAGGAGCAGGAGCAGACUGUAAUCAAGGAGGAUGGUAACGAUGAAUGUAUCUGUCUCGAGAACAUAUCUCAUGGUUUCAAGAAGCCCUGCGUCCUUGAUUUAAAAAUGGGAACGCAGCUGUACGAUGACGACGCAACGGACGAGAAGAAGGCUCGUCUUGGCGCCGUUGCUAACAACACCACCACUAGCACCCUUGGCCUUCGCUUGACUGGAUUCACUGUAUGUCCUCGCUCUCUCUUACUGUCAACUGCUUGUUAAAAAUAUCCCGGGCUCAUAUGAUCUUCCCUUCCCGGUACCCUUCCUGACAUUGAUUGUUAUCUUUUUUUUUUUCUUUAUCGAUGUGAUUGUAGGUCUACGAUAACGAAAAGGAAGAUUUUACAAAGUAUUCCCGACACUACGGCAAGGGCCUUACGAACGAGACUGUUCUCGAUGGAUUCCGCUGCUUCUUCGCUGCGAAUCUUGGUCCUAAACGCAUGCGGUUGGUCCUCGAGCGAUUUGUGAACGACCUUGCGGAUUUCUUGGAGAUGAUCGAGACCCAGGAACUAAGGAUGCGAUCAAGCUCACUGCUGUUGGUGUACGAGGGAGACGCUGAAGCUUUUGAUGAAGGGCUCAUGAUGGAACAGCGCAGGAUCGUUGAGGUCGUCUCAAGAGCAAAGGCGCAUCUGGAGAGCAACAUAGAGAAGGAGACUGGAGACGAAGAUAAUGAAGACGUGGACGAUGACGACGAGGAUGAGGAGGAUGAUGAGGAUGAUGAGGAU